AGAACAAGAGGCGGAUCAUAAAACAGCGAACGAAACGCAUAGAAUGUAUGACAAUGUAACAUGGCUAAACGAACGUAAUUCUUUUUGGAAAUUAGUCUUCGAUGCUGAGCCUCAUUGAUAUCGUUGCGGCCAAGGAAGACCAAAAAUCACAAGGAAAAUUGAAGCGUAGGGCCGAAAUCGAAGAUAAGGCCGAACAACGUGAGCUGGCCGUCCUCGAUGCUCAAGCGAAGAAGCAGAAUCAAUUGGAAUUGGUAAAGGAACAGAUAAAGAACAAGCGACGAAUACAGAAGCGAGAAAAGAAGCGCACCCUGAAGCAGCAGAGCUCCACGGCUCAAGAAAAGGCAUCUUCUAAAAAGAAAAAGGUCGGCUUCGCAUUAUAAAGCAUCCACCGGAUCAGUGUACAUUAGCAUAAUCUAGAAUUUUAUCAAGAAACCCAUUAAAGCAACAGCAUACAAAUCCGAUUUGCCAAGAAUGUGGCUCAUUACAACCGCCUGUUAUUGGAUAUAAGCCACACUGAAUUGAGUAGUGGUCCAAGCUUGUACAUGUCACACAGUUCGCUUC